ACUGCGCAAGGCGCCCUGCAGCUGGCGGUGAGUUUAAACGCGUCCGAGUUGAGGGCUGCAGUACGUAAAGUCGUAGUGAUUUCUAGUGCAUGCUGGGGUUUUUUUUUUUUUGUCCACUUUUCCCACUCUAAAACAGAGGUGAUGCCAGGAGACAGCGUGCCUCUGAAGGAUUUGCUUCGCUUCGAUGUCCAAGGCUCCAUGUUGUCCCAGGCCAAGAGCAGCGGCGGCAGCAGCAAGCGCAAGUGGCAGCACGCCCUGACCGAGGGCCUGGACACGGAAUGCACCCCAACGGAGCUCAUCCAACAGUGGUCACCCGGGCCCAAACGGCAACACUCGGGGUGGAAGGGCAAAGAGAACGACGGAAAGCCUUUUGCCAUUUCCAGACGGUCAAGGAAGAGGAAGGAAUCCGUACUGGAGGUUUCAUGGGACCACCUACCAGAUGAGCUGAUCCUCAGGAUCCUCUUCUUCCUCCCACUGCACGACCUCCUCAAGACGUCCGUCACUUGUAGGCGAUGGCAUCGUUUGGCGUUUGAUGAGUCACUGUGGCAUAGUGUGGACCUGGAGGGGGUGACCGAGAUGGUUCCGGCACUGCAGCAGGUGUUGAAGACGGGGGUGCGCAGGCUGCGAUGUCCUCGCUCUUUCAUUAACGACCUGCAGCUAACGGGCAUGUGCGCACUGCAGAUUGCUGAAAUGGAUCUUUCCAGCUCCAUCGUCACCACGCCCGCCCUUGAGAGUAUCAUCUGUCGCUGUAAUCUUCUCCAGUGUCUUAGUUUGGAAGGCCUGCAACUCUCCGACAGCAUUAUCAGGAGUCUGGCCCAGAAUCCGAAUCUGCGCCAGGUCAACCUGAGCGGCUGCUCCAACUUUGCUGCUGAUCCUCUCGCCCACAUGCUGCAAUCUUGCUCCAGAAUAGAACAGUUGAACGUAUCCUGGUGCCAGUUCACCAACAAUCACGUGAAGAGCGUGGUAAAUCAUGUCAGCGCCACUGUUACGCACCUCAACCUCAGCGGCUACAGAGACGGCCUCACGCUAGACGAUGUGAAGGUCUUGGUUACAAGAUGUCCUGAUAUUCAUACACUAGAUUUGAGCGACAGCGCCCAGUUGAUGGCCGACUGCCUCCCCGCGCUCUCCGGGCUGCCGCAUCUGCACCAUCUGUCCUUGAGCCGCUGCUACCACAUUCACGUAGCCGCCCUCAGCGACCUCAGGAAGACCUUCCCGGCGCUGCGUUACCUGGAAGUCUUCGGCCUCGUGAACGACGGCCACUUGUCCUCCUUGAGGAAGGAAAGCCCCGGUGUUUCCAUCAACGCCAUGCCUUUCUCGGCCGUCGCCCGGCCCACGCCGGCCGGCGGCACGGGCGCCACUGGCGGCCACGGCAUGUGGAACAGGAAAAUUCGACUGCGCUUCAAGCUGUCGGCCGUUUGACAUUUGACCUCCGCGGUGCACGAGGUGAUUGCUGGUAAGGAUGUUCUAAAUCCAAAAACGUUUGUAGGUUGCUUAGGGAAUUUAUAAAUUGACUCGUGUUGCUAGCAAGCUUUCAAUGGCACGUUGAAUCGAGAGGCUCAUAUCAACAUGUUGGAUAAGGCCCUUCGAUAUUUGUGAGAGUUGGUUUCUAACCUGUAUUCUAUUCAGUGUUUAAAUGAUAUUUUUCUACAUGGAACUCGAGUAUAAGUCGGAUAUCUUCCGUCAAAUCCGCCAAACUUGCAUCCAAUCGGCCACGCCGCCGCCGAGUGUGUUCCGAACUGAACCAGGUCUUGACAAAAGCUGCUCUUUGCAAGACCAUCAAGUUGGACCUUCUUGUCCUUUUGGAUGAACAGUUGCCGUUAGUAUUUUCUAUUCAAAUGGACUUCACUUGUGAACUUGUCAUCUGCAAAUAAAACAAGAGAGUGCCAAAGCC